AUGUCCACGAUCGCGCGCGAGUGGCUCGCGCUGCACGCGUUUCCGUCGUUGCCGUUCGCGGACACGGUCAUGAGCGGGAAAGUGCAGGCGAGGGCGCCGCACAGCGUGUGGGAGCUCCCGCCGCCGCUUUUGAACGCGAUGAACGCGGCGUACAACGUGAGCCAAGUCACCGCGCUGAAAGCGGCGCUGGAGAAGCAGCCGAUCACGCUGAUCCAAGGCCCACCCGGCACGGGCAAGACGCGCAUCAUCCUCUCGUUGCUCUCCGUCAUCUUGCACGCGGUUCCCGGCGCCAAGAGCGGCCACGAGCUCGAACUGCAGCGGUACCUGGACGUUCGCAACAAGAAAAAGCCGCGGACGCCCGCGGAGACGAGCGCGAUGAUACGCCGCGCGAUGCCGUGGCUGAGCGGCGUCGCGAAUCCCCGCGACGCGCCGCCGCUGCCGCGCGGCGCGCCGCCGCCGCCGAAGACGCCGACGGAGGUUCCCGAGAUCGUCGGCGACGUCGCGAGCAAACGCACCAAGGUUCUCGUCUGCGCGCCCUCGAACUCCGCCCUGGACGAGAUCGUGCUGCGCAUCAUGCAGAGCGGGCUGUUUGGCCCGGACGGCGACCCGUACUCGCCCACGCUCGUGCGCGUCGGCGUGAGCUGGCACCACAGCGUCGAGUCAGGCGCGUUCGUAUUUACGUUGGUCCCCGUACGACCGCGUUGGCGCGGUGGAACGCCGUUCCUUGAGGACUUUACUUCCCGGCGUUUCUCUCCGCCCAUCACCCCUCGCUUUCAAUCCCAACACACAUCGACGCCUUUCAACUCCGCUUCUGACGCCUUUGAACUCCACCCCGACGUUCGCUCGUAUGGACAAUUACCCUCAGUCACGAUGGAGGCGCUCGUGAACGAGCGGCAGGGCACGGGGAAAGACGCCAACAAGGACGGCGGCGCCGCCGAGAAGAACUUCGAGCGCGCGCUCGAGCGCGACCGCGCGCAGAUCGCGAUCCUAGACGAGGCCGCGGUCGUGUGCUCGACGCUGUCGUUCAGCGGCAGCGGGAUGUUCGCGCGGAUGACGCGGCAGUUUGACGUCGUCGUCAUCGACGAAGCCGCGCAGGCGGUGGAGCCGUCGACGUUGGUGCCGUUGUGUUACGGCGCGAAGCAGGUGUUUCUCGUCGGCGACCCGCGGCAGCUGCCGGCGACGGUGCUGUCCUCGCGGGCGACGGAGUACGCGUACAAUCAGAGCUUGUUCAAGCGGUUCGAGCGGUGCGGGUACCCGAUACACGUCCUCAAGACGCAGUAUCGGAUGCACCCGGCGAUUCGCGAGUUUCCGAGCGCGCGGUUUUACCAAAACGAGCUCGAGGACGGGCCGCGGCAGGCGGCGAAGACGUCCAGGCCGUGGCACAACGUCUCGCUGUUCCGGCCGUUCGUGUUCGUGGACAUCGCGGGGAAGGAGUACCUCGGCGGCGGGACGUCGUGGAGCAACGACGAGGAAGCGCACGCCGCGGUGGCCAUCGCGACGGCUCUGAUGCGAAACUACCCGCAGCUCGCCACGGGGGAAAAGAUCGGCAUCAUAUCGCCGUACAAGGCGCAAGUUCGAAACAUUCGGAAGAUCUUGAACGACGCGAUCGGCGAGGAGCGCUCGAGCCGCGUGGACGUGAACUCGAUCGACGGGUUUCAAGGCAGGGAGAAGGAGGUGUGCGUGUUCUCCGUGUGCCGCGCGCCGAGGGAGGACCGCGGCGCGAAGAAAAAAAAGACGCGCAGGCUCGGGUUCGUGUCCGACGAGCGAAGGAUGAACGUCGGUCUGACGCGCGCGCGCGCGUCGCUCAUCGUGUUGGGAAGCGGUAAAGCCCUGAAAGCGUCCGGGGACGAGAACUGGUGCGCGCUCGUGAACAGCGCGCGCGAGCGGGAUUUGAUCGUCAAGCCGCCGUCGGCGUCUGGCCGCGGCGACUGCACCGUCGCGGACGUCAAGGCGUUCGUCGCGAAAAUCACGGGCAAGUACGACGCGGACGACCUCAGCGGCUCCGAGGACGAGAUCGAGAUCGACGACGGCGACGACGCGCUCGCGUACGGCGGCGACGUCGGGCUCGCGUCCGGGACGACGGGCGCGAGCGGCGGCGGCGGCGGCGGCGGCGGCGGCGGCGCGUCGACGCACGUGCAUCGACCGGCGUGGGAGAGAAAGAUUGCGCGGAGGGACGACGGCGACGACGUCGUCGUCGUGGGCGAGACGAAGGGCGCCGCCGCGCGAGAGGGGUUCAGCGCGAGAGGGCACGUGGACGAGCUCGUGACGGAGGCGGAGGGGAAGCUGGACGAUUACGGGCAGGGCGGCGGCGGCGGCGACGACGACGUCGAUCCGUACGCGCAAGAGGCGGAGAAGCCGGGGAAGGCGACGAAGCCGCGAGCGGCGAAGCGGACGCGGGGGGCGGCGGCGGGGGCGAAGGGCGCGGAGAAGGCGGAAAAGGUGGAGAAGACGCCGCCGGUGAAGCGCACGAGGGCGCGGUGA